AUGCUGACUUCCAACAGAUGUGCCGCUCCGUGUGACUGGGUCCCUUGCUCCAAAAGAUGUGAAGCACAGCUGGGCUGUGGACACCAAUGCCCAUCUGUCUGUGGAGAGCUUUGUCCGGGUGAUCAAUACUGCCAGGUGUGUUGUUCAGACGAGAUCAAGUCCACAAUGGUGGACUUCAUCAUGGGAUUGCAGUAUAAUGAGAUCGACAUUGAUGUGGAUCCUUGCAUCUUUCCUGCCUGCGGUCAUUUUGUCGCCAAGUCAAGUAUGGACGGAGUCAUGGACAUGAAAGCUCAUUACACCAUGUCGGCCGAGGACAAUCCUAUUGCAGUGUCUGGCAUCUCCCGACCUUUCUUGAUGGACGAAGUCAAGACCUGCCCUACUUGCCGCAGCUCACUGCGUAAUGUUUCUCGCUAUGGGCGUAUUGUGAGGCGUGCCAUGCUUGACGAAGCUACGAAAAAGUUCAUUGCCUGGUCCAAUGACGAGCAUCUACAACUGGCACAGCGUCUCGUGGAUAUCCAGCAGAGCUUGUCCGAAAAGUCGUUGCCGAGGAUGCUGCCUCAGAACACCCGACCUGCGAAGCUUCGUAUGACCGCCAACGUCCGGCUCAAACAACUGCACGCCGUUCGUGACUGCAUCGGUGGUGAAAGAUACCAGUCAGCCCUCCAGCUGUGGAAUUCCAUUAGUGAAUACAUCAAGAAAGUGCGCAAGGAGGAACAGCCCUUUCAACGUGUCGCCGACUUCGUCCAUCACGCUAAGGCGCAGGGGCAGACGCAGCAAGGCUUUGUGUACGACGAGACACUCAUCCAAGUCAGGGGUAAGCUCCAGGGCCUUUCGCUCUGGCUGAGAUGCGAAUCCAUCGUCUUCUCCGAUUUCAUCAAAUUCCGCCAAAAUUUCAAGGGCCCGGUGCAGACCAUCAACCUGGACUUUGCUGAGCAGAUGAAAGAAUGUGAGGUGCGGUUCUGGUGCAGGUGCGGUUCUAGUGACGGUACGUCUAAUGCAGGUACUCGGCCUCGCUCCAUUGCGGUUCUUUCAAUUCCCCAGUAA